GUUAGACAGCAAUUUCAAUCAAGCGUACCUAAAACAAAUUACCAUGUCUGGACGUGGAAAAACCGGCGGUAAAGCUAGAGCCAAGGCCAAGACACGUUCAUCCCGGGCUGGGCUUCAGUUCCCAGUAGGUCGUGUCCACAGACUACUGCGUAAGGGGAACUACGGCGAGCGUAUCGGUGCUGGUGCUCCCGUCUACUUGGCUGCAGUGCUGGAAUAUCUGACCGCCGAAAUCUUGGAAUUGGCGGGGAACGCAGCUCGCGACAACAAGAAGACCAGGAUCAUCCCACGUCACUUGCAGCUGGCGGUUCGCAAUGACGAAGAACUGAACAAACUCCUCGGUGGAGUGACCAUCGCUCAGGGAGGUGUCUUGCCCAACAUCCAGGCCGUCCUUCUGCCCAAGAAGACCGAGAAAGCCGCCAAGAAGUAAUCCUUAUACUUCACAAACAACACAACGGCUCUUUUAAGAGCCAACCACUCUUCUAUAAAGAGCUUGCCUAGAAAUUUAUCAGAAAAUUCUGCUCAGUAUAAUCUAACCCGUUGUAACUUGUAACUAGUGACGUUUAUGUAAACUAUUAAUUGAACCAGUGUUAUUCAACCACUGUGCUGCGGCACAUUAGUGUACCGUGAGAUACUGUCUGGUGUGCCGUCGGCAGGGGUGGGCAAUAUCGCAAAUUUGGGUAUCAAGA